CUCCUUCUCACCACAUAGCUUAGAGAGAGAAAGCAUGGUUGCUAAGAGAGAUUUGAGUGUAAGAGUGGUGAAGAAGGAGGCGGUGACGGCGGCGCUGCCAAUGCAACACCAUUGGUUGCCGCAGUCCAACCUGGACUUGCUGCUGCCGCCGCUCAGCUUCGGCGUUUUUUUCUGUUACCAAAAGCCCAAAUUCACGGUGGGUUCCGUUUCCGGCGUUCUCAAGGCGGCGCUGGCGGAGGCCUUGGUCUCCUACUAUGCGCUCGCCGGCGAAGUGGUGCAGAACGCCGGCGGCGAGCCGGAGCUUCUCUGCAACAACCGCGGCGUGGAUUUUGCAGAAGCGGUGGCGGAUGUGGAGCUCAGUGAACUCAACCUUUACAACCCGGACGAGAGCGUGGAAGGGAAGCUCGUUCCCGGCAAGAAACACGGCGGCGUUCUUGCCGUCCAGGUUACAGGACUGAAAUGCGGAGGAGUGGUGGUGGGCUGUUCCUUUGACCACCGCGUGGCCGAUGCCUAUUCGGCCAACAUGUUCCUCGUAUCGUGGUCCGAGGUAGCUCAGGCCAAGCCGUUGUCUCAGCUCCCCUGUUUCCGGAGGUCUUUUCUCUUUCCUCGCCGUCCCGGCCACUACGAUCUUUCCGUCGACGCCAUGUAUACGCUAAUCUCAUCCCUGCCGCCCCCGACAGCGGCGGCGGAGCCCGAAGCCCUGCAAACUGAUGAACAAAGCGUGAUAAGUCGCAUAUACUAUAUAGAGUCGGACGAAAUCAUUCGCAUCCAAUCACUAGCCAAUUCCCAGAAAGGCAGCGCAAAACAUCAUCGGAUUACAAAGCUGCAAGCAUUCUCGGCCUUCCUAUGGAAAACAAUUGCCGCCGGAAUGUGUAAAGAUCACAACUUUAAGAAUUUGAAACUGGGGGUUGUGGUUGACGGGAGGGCUAGAUUGAUCGACGGAGACGAAAAGAAGGCUGAACUGUUAAAGGGUUACUUCGGGAACGUUCUUUCGAUCCCAUUUGGCGACAGAAAGAUGGAAGAUUUGCAGGAAAAGCCGUUGAGUUGGGUGGCAAAUGCGGUGCGGGAGUUCUUGGAGGAAGCCCUGACGAGGGAACAUUUUCUUGGACUGAUUGAUUGGGUGGAAGCCCACCGUCCCAAACCAGCCUUAGCCAAAAUCUACGCCGGCGGCAACGGGCCGGCGGUGGUGGUGUCAUCAGGGCAGCAAUUUCCGGUGAGAAAGAUUGAUUUUGGAUGGGGAAAACCGGCGUUUGGAUCGUACCAUUUUCACUGGGGAGGAGAAGCCGGUUAUGUUAUGCCGAUGCCGAAUCCGAAAGGGAAUGGAGAUUGGAUAGUUUAUAUGCAUCUGCAAAAAUGGGAGGUGGAGUUGAUAGAGGCUCAUGCAUCGAAUGUAUUUAAGCCGGUGACCUCUGAAUAUCUUGGUUUGGUUUGAUUUGAUUUGUAUCAUAUGCUAGCUGAUUCUAGUUCUGAUAUCAUCUGUGAUGUCAAUUCAAACUCCCAUCCAUCUGUAAUUGACUGGAAAGGUUUGUUUAUAUGCACACCUAUAUAUAUAG